CCAAAGAUAACGCUCAAACUGAUGCACUAGGAAAAGGAGAAGGCUGGGACUGUUUCCAGGGAGCGAGCAGGUAAGGGGAGUAUGAAGGAGCUAAGUGUGCACCAGCAGACCCGAGCGCUUCUGCACAAGAAUCUGCUCAAGAAAUGGCGGAUGAAGAGAGAGAGCUUAUUGGAAUGGAGCAUUCCAAUUAUUAUAGGACUGUAUAUGGGUCUGCUUUCCUAUUUCAAAGAAAAUGAUCGUGUCCCUGAAGUCCCUCCUCAGAAUCUUGGAAGUAUAGAUGAAUUUAAUGGAUCUUAUAUAAUGGUUGUAUAUACACCGAUCUCUAACAUAACCCAACAGAUAAUGAAUAAAACAACAUUUGCUACAACUAUGAAAGGAACAAAAAUCAUUGGGGUACCAAGUAAAAAAGAGUUGGAUGAAGUGUUUCUGGAGAAUAUGCCACAUGCUAUUGGAGUUAUAUUUAAUGACACAUUCUCUUACAAGUUAAAAAUACACCAAAUGUAUGGAAACCCAUUUUUGAAAGAGGACUUAUCAGCUCAUUGCUGGGAUGCGUAUACUUACGUUUACUGUAGACUGACCAAAUACUGGAAAGGAGGGUUUGUGGCCUUACAAACUGCCAUUAAUGCUGCAAUUAUAGAAGUCACCACGAACCACUCCGUGAUGAAGGAGUUAAUGUCUGUUAACGCCAUCAGUAUGAAGACAUUACCUUUUAUUACCAAAGACAUUUUUCAGUAUGAAAUUUUUAUCUUGUUCUGCUUGCUUUACUUCUCCUCAUUUGUCUAUUUUGCAUCACGCAAUGUCACUAAAGAGAGAAAACACAAUAAGGAGCUCAUGAAAGUCAUGGGGCUGCAAGACUCUGCAUUCUGGCUGUCCUGGGGCCUAAUCUAUGUUGGCUUCAUCUUUAUCAUGUCCAUAUUCAUUGCAAUUAUCAUAAAGUCUAACCAGAUUAUAGUGAUGACUGGUUUCCUGGUCAUCUUUACACUGUUUUUCUUAUAUGGAUUAUCUUUGAUAGCUGUAACUUUCCUGAUGGCUGUUCUGCUACAGAAGGCUGUCUUCACCAACCUAAUUGUAUUUCUCUUUACCCUCUUUUGGGGGUGUGUGGGGCUCACUGUACUGCACAAAGAACUCCCCUCGUCUCUGGAAUGGGUUCUGAGCGCAUUCAGCCCCUUUGCCUUCACGUCUGGGAUGGCUAAGAUUAUCUUCCUGGAUUAUAAUUUGAAUGGUGUCGUAUUCCCUGACCCCUCAGGAGAAUCAUAUGUAAUGAUAGCAGUAUUUUCCAUAUUGGCUUUUGAUGGUCUUCUCUACUUGGUUUUGGCCCUGUAUUUUGACAAAAUCUUGCUCUACGGAGCCGAGCACAGGUAUGCUCCACUUUUUUUCUUGAAUUCAACAUCUUGUUUUCGAAAAGUGACUACGAGAAACAAGGUCAUUGAGAGAGACCUAGACCCCGAGCUUCCCUCGGAUGAAUAUUUUGAGCCAGUACAUCCAGAAUACCAAGGGAAAGAAGCCAUCAGAAUAAGAAAUAUUAAAAAAGAAUAUAAAGGAAAGUCUGGGAAAGUGGAGGCCUUGAAAGGCGUGUUCUUUGAUAUUUAUGAGAGUCAAAUCACAGCAAUUCUGGGCCACAGUGGAGCGGGCAAAUCUUCAUUACUCAACAUCCUCAGUGGAUUAUGUGUUCCAACUGCAGGGUCAGUCACAGUCUACAAUAAAGAUCUCUCUGAAAUGCAAGACUUGAAGGAAAUCAGAAAGAUGAUUGGUGUUUGUCCCCAACAUAAUGUUCAAUUUGAUGCACUCACUGUGAAGGAAAAUCUCACCCUCUUUGCUAAAAUAAAAGGGAUUCUUCCACAGGACGUAGAGCAAGAGGUGCAACAAAUCACAUUGGAAUUAGACAUGCAGAAUAUUCGGGAUGAUCUUGCCGAACAUUUAAGUGAAGGACAGAAGAGAAAGCUCACCUUUGGGAUUGCCACUCUAGGAGAUCCUCGAAUUUUGCUCUUAGACGAACCUACUGUAGGACUCGAUCCCUUUUCGAGGCAGCGGAUAUGGGGUUUCCUGAAGGAACGCAGGGCAGACCGCGUGAUCCUCUUCAGCACUCAGUUCACGGAUGAGGCGGACAUCCUUGCCGACAGGAAAGUGAUCAUCUCCAACGGGACUCUCAAGUGCACAGGGUCUUCUGUCUUUCUGAAGAGAAAAUGGGGUCUUGGAUAUCACUUAAGUUUGUUUAUGAACGAAACAUGUGACCCGGAGCAGUUAUCAUCCCUCAUCCAUCACCACAUCCCCGAUGCUAAAUUAAAAGCAAAAGCCAAAGAAAAGCUUGUGUACGUUUUGCCACUGGACAGGACAAGCAAGUUCCCAGAGUUCUUCAGUGAUCUUGAUAAAUAUUCUGGCCAGGGCUUGAUGAAUUAUGAAGUUUCCAUGUCAACUCUGAAUGAAGUCUUUGUGAACCUGGAAGGAGAACCAAGUACCACACGGGACUUUGAGAAAAGAGAAACAGAAACAGACUCAGGAAGUUUAAAUGAAAUGGAGGUGGUUUACUCUUCUCUCUCUCAAGUACAGAAGACAGUGGGCGCUAUGAGCCGCUGGAGAAUGCAGGUCUGUGCCGUAGCAAAGCUUCGCAUCUUAAAACUAAAACGAGAGAGAAAAGCAUUUUUGAUCAUUCUACUGUUUCUUGGAAUUGCACUGCUCCCACUGAUUAUGGAAAUCAUGGCUAAUGCUUGGAUAGAGGAAAAAAACGACUGGGAAUUUACAACAGACUUGUAUUUCCUGUCUCCCGGACAACUCCCCCAGGGUCUGCGAACCAGCCUUUUGGUCAUCAAUAACACAGAAUCAAAUAUUGAAGAUUUUGUACAGUCGCUGAGGCAUCAAAACAUAGUUUUGGAAGUAGAUGACUUUGAAAACAGAAAUGGUACUGAAAGCAUUUCCUACAAUGGAGCCAUUAUAGUUUCUGGAAGACAGAAGGAUUACAGAUUUUCAGCUGUGUGUAAUACCAAGAGGCUACACUGCUUUCCUAUACUAAUGAAUGUCGUCAGCAAUGGAAUCCUUCAUAUGUUCAAUCAUUCCCAGUACAUUAGAAUUGAGGAAGAUAUAUUUUCAACAGACAUCGUGAUAGUUUGGUUUGGGAUACUGGAAGCUUUCCUGUUCGUACUGUUUGUUGUCUGCAGCCUCGCGCCACAUAUCGCCAUGAGCAGCGUCAGUGAUUAUAAAAAAAAAGCUGACUCCCAACUGUGGAUUUCUGGCCUUUACCCUUCUGCCUACUGGUGUGGGCAGGCAGUAGUGGACAUUACCCUCUUCAGCGGGAUUCUUCUCACAAGCUACUUCACAUUAUACACGACAAAACUGAUGCACAUUCACUUGACAAGCAAAAUUGUGCUAUCUAUCAUUUUUCUUGCAUUUGGCUGUGCAGCUUCUCUUGUCUUCUUGACAUAUGUGAUAUCAUUUGUUUUUGGCAAAAGGAAAAAAAACAGUGGCCUCUGGUCAAUUUGCUUUUUUCUUGUCAUAACCAUUAUAUUUGACAGAGUUAUGAUUGACCUCUUCAGAGAAGCAGUGCUUAUUUCUGCCAUGAUAUUAGUUCCUUCCUUUUCGUUGAAUGCACUCCUGAUUGUCUUGGAACUGAGAGCCUACCAGUACUACGAAGAAUUUGGAGAAGUCAAAUAUGCUUUAUCUGGGGUUGAUCUUCUGAUAUGCCUGAUACCUUACGUUCAUACUUUGCUGUUCAUUUUUGUCCUGAGAUGUCUGGAACUGAAAUACGGGAAGAAUGUGGUACAGAAGGAUCCCAUCUUCAGGAUAUCUCCACGAAAUCUAAAUGUUCAGCCAAAUCCAGAGGAACCAAUAGAUGAAGACGAAGACGUUCAAGCAGAAAGACUGAGGACAUCUGAUGCUCUGAGCACUCUGAACUUAAAUGAGAAACCGGUCAUAAUCGUCAGCUGUCUGCACAAAGAGUACGCAGGUCAGAAGAAACGUUGUUGUUCAAAGAGGACAAAGAAAGUGGCAGUGAGGAACAUCUCUUUUUGUGUUAAUAAAGGGGAAAUUUUGGGAUUGCUAGGACCCGAUGGUGCUGGUAAAAGUUCCUCUAUCAGGAUGAUAGCUGGGAUCACAAAGCCAACAGCUGGAGAGGUGGAAGUGAAAGGUUUAAGUUCAGCUGUGGGUCACCAGGGCCAGGGCACAGAGUUUGGAUACUGCCCUCAGGAGAACGUGCUAUGGCCCAUCCUCACGGUGAAGGAGCACCUGGAGUUGUAUGCUGCCGUGAAGGGGCUGAGGAAGGAGGAUGCUGUCAUUGCCAUUUCAAGAUUAGCGAAUGCUUUUAAACUACACGACCAGCUGAAUGUCCAAGCACAGAACCUAGUGGCAGGAGUGACUAGAAAGCUAUGCUUUGCGCUGAGCAUCCUGGGAAAUUCACCUGUCCUGAUUCUGGAUGAACCAUCUACAGGCUUAGAUGUGUCCGGGAAACAACAAGUGUGGCAGACAAUCCAGGCAGCUGUUAGAGACAAUGAGAAGGGUGUCCUCUUGUCUACACAUGACUUGGCUGAGGCAGAGGCUCUGUGUGACCGAGCGGCCAUCAUGGUGUCUGGAAGGCUGAGAUGCAUCGGUUCAAUCCAACAUCUGAAGAGGAAAUUUGGCAAGGAUUACGUUCUGGAACUCAGAGUGAAGGAAAUUUCUCAAGAGCCAUUAGUUCACAGGGAGAUUCUAAAGCUGUUUCCUCAGGCUGCACGCCAGGACAGGUGUUUCUCCUUGCUGACCUACAAGAUACCCGUAACAGAUGUUCACCCUCUGUCUCAGGCCUUUCACAAACUAGAAGCAGUGAAGCAUGGCUUUAACCUGGAAGACUACAGCCUCUCUCAGUGCACACUGGACAGAGUAUUUUUAGAGCUUUCAAAGGAGCAGGAGCUGGGAGAUGUUCAGGAAGAAGCUGAUACAACCAUGAGGAGGAGGCUCCUCCCUCCCUCAGAUGAACUGUAAAGUCUCAGACCUAAUUAUUCUGUUAUCCAACAAACUUGUUUUAUAUAGUAACGAAUGGAAUCAAUGAUUUCGAAGAUGUUUUCAUGUUAACAUUAUACAUAUUUUAUCUGCUCAAUCAACAUCAAAAUAAAAUUUACAAUUAUUCAUGUCUCAAAACUUAGACGCUAUUAGGAAAUAUAAACUACCUGUAAAGUAAAAACCACCCAGAACCAGGCUACUGGCUACUGUAGAGACUACAAACUCAAUUUUAAAAAGAAAUUAAUUUGAAACAAUUUUCAGAACGUUCACUUGCAGAAACAUAUGGGGAAUGUCCUCGGGGCUAUCUUCUGUCAUACAUG